UUGGACGGUGCGGUAAGUGGGCGCGAGAGGGAGCGCGGCACGCGCCCGCUGGUCCUCGUCGGCCACGUACGCGUCUGUCGCGUCCGCCCGCGUCUCGCGCGGCGUACCUUCGAGCACCUACGCUCGUGGCAGGUUGACGCCAUGACGGCCAUCCCGACGCCUCGGCGGCAAACGGUGAGCGGAUAAGCGAGACCCGACGCGCGCGAGUGCCCGCCCGGGCCUUCCCAGGUUCGCGCCAUGGACGAGCGGCCCCGGGAACCCAGCGGCGCAGCCGCUACCGAGACCCUUCUGAGCAAGUGCGAGGUUCCGAUCGUCGAUCUCGCUCACGUAGGGACGGAGGCGAACCCACAGAAGGGCGUCGUCAAACAGGUCGCCGCUAAACUGGUGCGAGCCCUCUCCGAGAAGGGCCUCGCGCUCCUGGUGAACCAUGGUAUACCGGAGUGCAAGAUGAAAGCCGCAUAUCGGGUGCUGAACGCGUUCUGCGAGCUACCCGAAGAGGAGCGCGCCAAGUACGCGCAAGUCGGUCCCUGCAACCACGGCUACGUCGAGCCAGGAACGGAGAACGGAUCCGCGAGGGAACCGUGCCAUGCGUUCGACGUGACCGGGAGCGGCGGGGCCCUGGCCGAGGCCGAGGUGCCAGGGUUCGCGUCGGCGGUCGAGGAGCUCGCUCGAGACUUUAAGCAGCUCUCGCUGACGCUCCUCACGGCUUUGGCCGUGGGAUUGGACCAGCCGGCCGACUUCUUGCGGUCGAAGCACUCCGGGGUCCUGGGCCCUGGGAACGAAUCGGUCCUCCGGCUGCUCUACUACCCCGCUCCACUCGCCGACCCCGUCCCAGGGGCCGCACGCCGCGAGGCCCGCCGUGACCGAGGAACCCUCACGCUGCUCGCUCAGGAUUGCGAGGGCGGACUCGAGGUCCAGAGUCCACACGGCGAGCGGUGGAGUCGCGUCGGACACCUGCCCGGAGCCAUCCUGGUUAACACCGGCGACGCGCUGGCUGGGUGGACUAAGGACCGACUUCCGGCUCUUCGUCAUCGCCUCGUGGUCCCCGAGCUCCACGGUCGCGGUCGACACUCCAUCGCCUUCUUCGUCCAUCCUGAUGACGACGUCCCUAUCGAGCCUUUCGACGCGAAGAUCCUCGCCGGCAAUCAGGAGUCGGCUCCUUGUCGCCUUCAGAAGAAGAAGAGGGGUGUACUUACCGCCUACCAUCACUUGCAACGGCGUUUGAGGGAGACCUAUGCGUCGUAACGCGUAAUCGCGUUCACGGCGUUGGGUUUUCCCUUAUCUUACCUUCUCGUUACUUACUUUCGAAACUUCGUCGGGGUAACGUGUGGAUUACGGUACCGAUCGUCUAGUGGAAUCGACUUCGACGUAACGAGGGAUCGGAAUGGAGGUCUCGGUUACUGCUAAAUACGUUUGUACUUAAAUAAGGUAUACGUUUCGUUGUA